CUAUCUCUCUCCCCUAGUAAACUUACUCUGUUUUCACAAGCUUGCUCAGACAAGAGGCUGCUCACUCCAGAGUGCGUCGAUGAGGAGAGAGGAGAUCAGAGCGUGCAUUACCGGGCAUGCGGAGCAAGAAUGACAAACGGGUCUGGAGGCUCCUCGCUGUACCCCAGACAAAGAUCCCCAGACUUACCGACAAACCGUACCAAUUCCUUUGAAUGUCGACAAUAUCGAUCAUCCUAAAUCUGUACAAGACAACUGGAUUUCUUCUCUUUUCUGGUGUGUGAAUAAUCAGGAGAGAUGAGAGUUCACUUCUCCACCAGUUGGAUAUUUCAAGGUUGGAUCAUCCAUCUGGUUCUCACUCUGUGCGCACAGGUAAGUCAUACUUAAACAUGCAUACAUCAAAGAAGUGCUGCAUAUAGAUUAUAAUAGUUUGAUUGUGUAUUCUGGAUAUUGACACUAGCCAUUGCAAGACAACUGUUUAGUUGAUGUAUUAAACGUUUUCUGACCUCUAGAUCUAGCCUACACUGUGAGUUGUUUUAACAAAAUAUUAUUAAGUAAUCCACAGGCUUUUUUUGUUUACUCAACUCUUUGGUCAAAGUGUUACCUGCACUUAACAUUUUCUGUACAGUGUACAUCUAGCCAUUGUUAUUGCUCUGGAGGAGUUGGGAGAAAAGUAUACAUUGAAAGAUGUAUUUAUGCUCCAGCAAUGACUGGAAACAGUUAUGUUUGGGUCGUGUCCCCGCGCUCCUGCCCCUCUUCCGGUCCCGGUAAACCACAGAAGCCGAGCGCAGCUGAAUGCAUUCUUGCUGGCCUUGUUUUUAGCGGACGUUCUCGUUUCUGCUCCAAUGCGUCGUGGGGGGUUAUGGUUGUGGGAAUGAAGAAGAGAAGGUUAUAGCCUGUUAUUGGUGUGGUUAUUUGGGUGAAAAUCGGGAAUAAAAUAUGAUGAGGGUAUUACGUUCAUUAUAAAGACAUGCUAGUUAGUAAACUGUUUGUAAGUCAUCGUUUAUGUCAUUUGUUUAUUAGCAUGAAUGGACAUGAGAUUAUCAUGCAAUAACUUCACAGAGUACCUAGAGGUAACUGCCAAAAUAAAGGAAACACCAACAUAAAGUGUCUUAAUUGGGUGUUCGGCCGCCAGAGCAGCUUCAGUGCCCCUUGGCAUAGAUUCUACAAUGGAACUCUAUACUUCGUUUGCGACACCAUUCUUUUCAUUCUUCUACGAGAAAUUCCAUAAUUUGGUGUUUUGUUGAUAGUGGUGGAAAACGCUGUCUCAGGCGCCACUCCAUAAUCUCUAAUAAGUGUUAAAUUGGUUUGUGACACUGUGAGGACAGACGCUGGGAGACGAGAAGCAGGUACAGGGAGUGAACAUUUAAUAUAUACAGCCAUGAACCAAAACACGGACAGCGUCUGGACAGGGGAAACAUAACGACAUUAAUGCUGACACGGGGAUCAAACUGAGGAACAGAUAGAUAUAGGGGAGGUAAUCAAACAGUGAUGAAUUCCAGGUGAGUCCAAUGAGGCGCAGAUGCGCAUGACGAUGGUGACAGCUGUGCGUAAUGAUGGGCAGCCUGGCUCUCGAGCGCCAGGGAGGGGGAGCAGGCGUGACAGAGACAGACACACACACACACACACACACACACACCCUUUAAACCCCCUAUGCUCAUUUGAGACCCCGUUUUCAAAGUCUCUGAGAUCUGUUCUUCUAGCCAUGGUAGACAAAAUAAUGGGCAACUCUGCAUUUUUAUACAUGACCCUAAGCAUGAUGGGAUGUUUUAAUUGCUUAAUUAACUCAAAUGGAAGCACCUGCUUUCAAUAUACUUUGUAUCCCUCAUUUAAGUGUUUAUUUUAUUUUGGCAGUUACUUGUAUAUUCAAAUCUCUAGUCUACAAAGAUCCAGGUGUAAAAUCCUUAAAGUAACUACAGUGAAAAUCUCACUUUUAAAAGUUAAUAUUCUGUUAACUCAUACCCAAAUAAUGUUGUUGACCCAUCCUAUAUUCGUAUUUGUGGCCAAAGCAUUAAUUGGAGAGAAAAAACACUUAAAAAACCCCCACCUCAAACUUGUAUCUCAAAGAGAGGAUGAGCUGGCCAAUCGGUGGUCUACUCGCAUGAAUAUUUUUAAUGACCGGUACAAGCCCACACCAUUCUGUUGUUGGGGUACGCCCACACAAUUCCAACACAGAAAAGCUGCUUUUUAACAUGCUUAAUUAUAACAAUUUGGAAGGAAAACUAUUUCACUCUUAUUGUAAUACAUUAUACAGUCGUGGUCAAAAGUUUUGAGAAUGACACAAAUAUUCAUUUUCACAAAGUCUGCUGCCUCAGUUUUUAUGAUGGCAAUUUGCAUAUACUCCAGAAUGUUAUGAAGAGUGAUCAGAUGAAUUGCAAUUAAUUGCAAAGAUCAAAGGCUGGAGAUCACUCUGUCAUGCUGAUUGAGUUAGAAUAACAGACUGGAAGCUUUAAAAGGAGGAUGGUGCUUGAAAUCAUUGUUCUUCCUCUGUUAACCAUGGUUACCUGCAAGGAAACGUGCCGUCAUUAUUGCUUUGCACAAAAAGGGCUUCACAGGCAAGGAUAUUGCUGCUAGUAAGAUUGCACCUAAAUCAACCAUUUAUCGGAUCAUCAAGAACUUCAAGGAGAGAGGUUCAAUUGUUGUGAAGAAGGCUUCAGGGCGCCCAAGAAAGUCCAGCAAGCGCCAGGACUGUCUCCUAAAGUUGAUUCAGCUGUGGGAUCGGGGCACCACCAGUGCAGAGCUUGCUCAGGAAUGGCAGCAGGCCUGGUGUCAAGAAGGGCAGCGAGGAAGCCACUUCUCUCCAGGAAAAACGUCACUGACAGACUGAUAUUCUGCAAAAGGUACAGGGAUUGGACUGCUGAGGACUGGGGUAAAGUCAUUUUCUCUGAUGAAUCCCCUUUCCGAUUGUUUGGGGAAUCCGGAAAAAAGCUUGUCCGGAGAAGACAAGGUGAGCGCUACCAUCAGUCCUGUGUCAUGCCAACAGUAAAGCAUCCUGAGACCAUUCAUGUGUGGGGUUGCUUCUCAGCCAAGGGAGUGGGCUCACUCACAAUUUUGCCUAAGAACACAGCCAUGAAUAAAGAAUGGUACCAACACAUCCUCUGAGAGAAACUUCUCCCAACCAUCCAAGAACAGUUUGGUGAUGACCAAUGCCUUUUCCAGCAUGAUGGAGCACCUUGCCAUAAGGCAAAAGUGAUAACUAAGUGACUCGGGGAACAAAACAUCGAAAUUGUGGGUCCAUGGCCAAGAAACUCCCCAGACCUUAAUCCCAUUGAGAACUUGUGGUCAAUCCUCAAGAGGCGGGUGGACAAACAAAAAACCACAAAUUCUGACAAACUCCAAGCAUUGAUUAUGCAAGAAUGGGCUGUCAUCAGUCAGGAUGUGGCCCAGAAGUUAAUUGACAGCAUGCCAGGGUGGAUUGCAGAGGUCUUGAAAAAGAAGGGUCAACACUGCAAAUAUUGACUCUUUGCAUAAACUUAAUGUAAUUGUCAAUAAAAGCCUUUGACACUUAUGGAAUGCUUGUAAUUAUACUUCAGUAUACCAUAGUAACAUCUGACAAAAAUAUCUAAAAACACUGAAACAGCAAACUUUGUGAAGACCAAUAGUUGUGUCAUUCUCAAAACUUUUGACCACAACUGUAGGUCAUAUUUCUUAAAAAUCUGGAAACACUGGACAUUUACUUUAAUGUGAGGGAGGUUGACCAGGAGUUAGGUUGGCCCAUGAAGGAGGUUGACCAGGAGUCAGGUUGGCCCAUGAGGGAGGUUGACCAGGAGUCAGGUUGGCCCAUGAGGGAGGUUGACCAGGAGUCAGGUUGGCCCAUGAGGGAGGUUGACCAGGAGUCAGGUUGGCCCAUGAGGGAGGUUGACCAGGAGUCAGGUUGGCCCAUGAGGGAGGUUGACCAGGAGUCAGGUUGGUCCAUGAGGGAGGUUGACCAGGAGUCAGGUUGGCCCAUGAGGGAGGUUGACCAGGAGUCAGGUUGGCCCAUGAGGGAGGUUAACCAGGAGUCAGGUUGGCCCAUGAGGGAGGUUGACCAGGAGUCAGGUUGGCCCAUGAGGGAGGUUGACCAGGAGACAGGUUGGCCCAUGAGGGAGGUUAACCAGGAGUCAGUUUGGCCCAUGAGGGAGGUUGACCAGGAGUCAGGUUGGCCCAUGAGGGAGGUUGACCAGGAGUCAGAGCUUGGCGUGGCAGUUAUGCAAAUCAGCCAGCGCGAUGAGAAAGACUGGAAUGUAUCUCACAUGAUAGCAGAUUAUAUGAAUCAGGAAUCACAGAUCUCUCUCUCUCCCCCCUCUCUCACGCUCUCUCUUCCCCUCUCUCGCUUUCUCACUCUCUCUCUCUCUCUCUCUCUCUCUCUCUCUCUCUCUCUCUCUCUCUCUCGUGGGUCAUAACACAAGAAAAACUCAGACUUUUUGAUCGGUCAAAGCACACACAAAAACAGUUUGGCAUCCAGACAGUUUGGGAACCACUGUCUGUAUGUAACAACUGACUGUAGUUGCACUCUCAGAUACAUUUAGAAAGGAGGUUAGAGGAGUCUAUGUUAUAUCCUGGCCUCUCUCUCUCUGUCUAGCCUGUAAUCAUUCAGGGUGGAUCUGACCCUGCUCUUAUAUAUUUAGUGAAUGACAACAUAUUGCAGCAAUGUCUCAUAAUUAUUGCCUGAUGUUCGGAGGCAGCUAAAACAGAAAUACGAUUCCCAGCAUUCUUUUGGUUUCCUGUCCCAUUUCGCCCAGAACCACGUCUCCAUUCCUCCUCCUCUCUUUGUUUUUAUCCCACUAUAAGAUGUAAGUAAUAAAUGUAAAUAUAAGUCUUCAAUACGGAUGUAUGGGAACUGUGUCCUUCUCCAACAGCUGUAUGUUGAUGAAUGGCAGCAUUGCUCUGAUCUCAGUCUUCUCUUCUAACACAUGUUGAUCAUUAUGACUGUGGUCACAACUCUGAGUUCAUCGUUAAAAGCAAAACAAUGACUGAUGUGAGACACUCUGUGGAAGUAAUUAAACACUUGUUGGGAUUUGUGUCAUCAUGUUUUUGGGGCACUGCAGACGCACAAACUAAACAGUUUAUCAUUGGAGGGUUUCAAAGGGUUGGUUGCAGCCAGUCAGCUGAUUUGUUCUGGGUUGCAGCUUAAGACGUGACUAGAGACUUCGUUUUGUUUACUUGGUGGGUCACAAGAAAAACUCCAAGGUGAAAAGCUUUAAAUGAGUUUCCUCUGUGACUGGGGGACAAUGAGUAGGGUCAGAGGGAAAGGGACAGGAGUUGUACCAUGUGACAGUGAAGCAGAGCUAAUGUGGUCCUCUGUAGCUGAAUUGGUAGAGCAUGGCGCUUGUAACGCCAGGGUAGUGGGCUCGAUCCCCGGGACCACCCAUUCGUAAAAAUGUAUGCGCACAUGACUGUAAGUCGCUUUGGAUAAAAGCGUCUGCUAAAUGGCAUAUUAUUAUUUAGAUGCUUCAGGAUGGGGUCAGUAAUACUGGGCAGUAGCAUUCUGGGGCUGUGGUGGUGGUGGUGAAGAUUUAUAGAAAUGAAGAAUACCCCCGCACAUUGACUCGGUACCGGUACCCCCUGUAUAUAGCCUCGUUAUUGUUAUUUUAUUUUGUUUCUUUUAUUUUUUACUUUCGUUUAUUUAGUAAAUAUUAUCUUAACCCUAUUUCUUGAACUGCAUUGUUGGUUAAGGGCUUGUAAGUAAGCAUUUCACGGUAAGGUCUACACCUGUUGUAUUCGCCGCAUGUGAUUUGAUUUGAUCCCUCCUACAGACACUGUUAAAUACUGACAGGCUGUCAUUUCAUGAGCUGAGAGCUAAUAGGCUUAUCGUGUCUAUGGAUGGAUGAACAAACAAAUGCAUGAGUGAGUGAGUGAAUGAAUGAAUGAAUGAAUGAAUGAUGUUGUGCUUGCAUUUACUGUCACCUUGAACCACCAGAUUGAUCAUAGUGGUCUGUGUUUUGUCUCCCAGAGAGCCCUGUCCAGACCCACCUGUUCCCAGCAGCAGUACCUCAAAGACAAGAGAUGCUGCAGCAGGUGUGAACCAGGUAAACUAAACCAGAGAAAUACAUUACCAGUCAAAGGUUUGGACACACUUACACAUUCCAGGAAUUUUCAUUAUUUUUACUAUUUUCUACAUUGUAGAAUAAUAGUGAAGACAUCAAAACUAUGAAAUAACACAUAUGGAAUCAUGUAGUAACCAAAAAAGUGUUAAACGAAUCAAAAUAUAUUUUAUAUUUGAGAUUCUUCAGAUUGACACCCUUUACCUUGAUGACAGCUUUGCACACUCCUGGCAUUCUCUCAACCAGCUUCAUAAGGUAGUCACCUGGAAUGCAUUUCAAUUAACAGGUGUGCCUUCUUAAAAAUUAAUUUGUGGAAUUUCUUUCCUUCUUAAUGUGUUUGAGCCAAUCAGUUGUAUGACAAGGUAGGGUUGGUGUACAGAAGAUAGCCCUAUUUUGUAAAAGACCAAGUCCAUAUUAUGUCAAGAACAGCUCAAAUAAGCAAAGAGAAACGACAGUCCAUCAUUACUUUAAGACAUGAAGGUCAGUCAAUCCGGAAAAUUUCAAGAACUUUAAAGGUUUCUUCAAGUGCGGUCGUAAAAACCAUCAAGCGCUAUGAUGAAACUGGCUCUCAUGAGGACCACCACAGGAAAGGAAGACCCAGAGUUACCUCUGCUGCAGAGGAUAAGUUAAUUAGAGUUAACUGCACCUCAGAUUGCAUCCCAAAUAAAUGCUUCACAGAGUUCAAGUAACAGACACAUCUCAACAUCAACUGUUCAGAGGGGACUGUGUGAAUCAGGCCUACGUGGUCGAAUUGCUGCAAAGAAUCCACUACUAAAGGACACCAACAAGUAGAAGAGACCUGAUUGGGCCAAGAAACACGAGCAAUGGACAUUAAACUGGUGGAAAUCUGACCUUUGGUCUGAUGAGUCCAAAUUUGACCGCCGUGUCUUUGUGAGACACAGAGUAGGUGAACAGAUGAUCUCUGCAUGUGUGGUUCCCACCAUGAAGCAUGGAGGAGGAGGUGUGAUGGUGUGGCGGUGCUUUGCUGGUGACACUGUCAGUGAUUUAUUUAGAAUUCAAGGCACAAUUAACCAGCAUGGCUACCACAGCAUUCUGCAGCGAUACGCCAUGCCAUCUGAUUUGCGCUUAGUGGGACUAUCAUUUGUUUUUCAACAGGACAAUGACCCAACACACCUCCAGGCUGUGUAAGGGCUAUUUUACAAAGAAGGAGGGUGAUGGAGUGCUGCAUCAGAUGACCUGGCCUCCACAAUCCCCCGACCUCAACCCAAUUGAGAUGGUUUGGGAUGAGUUGGACCGCAGAGUGAAGGAAAAGCAUCCCACAAGUGCUCAGCCAAUGUGGGAACUCCUUCAAGACUGUUGGAAAAGCAUUCCUCAUGAAGCUGGUUGAGAGAAUGCCAAGAGUGUGCAAAGCUGUCAUCAAGGCAAAGGGUGGCUACUUUGAAAAAUCAAAAAUAUACAAUAUAUUUUGAUUUGUUUAACACUUUUUUGGUUACUACAUGAUUCCAUAUGUGUUAUUUCAUAGUUUUGAUGUCUUCACUAUUAUUCUACAAUGUAGAAAAUAGUAAAAAUAAAGAAAAACUAUUGAAUGAGUAGGUGUGUCCAAACUUUUGACUGGUACUGUAGAUGAAUGGACAUUACCACCAACCAACAUGACCCCUCUACACUACAAUACCGGUCUGGAAUUUAGCAGUGAGCCGUUGUCUGCAUGGAAGACGGAAACUUCCAUGCUCAAUAUUUUCCUGAAAAUAAUUGAGGAAGGAUGUUGAAAAGAGGAACUGACUUGCUGCAAUGCGCACACAUACGCACACAUACACACACACACACACUCCCUUCCCCUCUUGCAUCAGCAGGUCACUGGAACCUUGGUGUAUAACUGGUGUCCAGUCUAAGGGCGAAGUCAGACUGAUCCGUGGCAAACGGACACCAAAUUAGAACAAAAUCAUUUUGGUCCGUGGUCAGUGUGCGUGUGGAGUGUGUGACGUAUAACAUGCUCUGUUUUCUAAUUGGCUAAACGUAUCCGUCUGCCCGUCAAACGUACGGCUCCCAUUGAGAAAGCAUUGGAAAUCACGGAUAGGGAUAAUAUCAACGGGGCAGUCUGGCCUCACCCUAACCCUCUCUCUCUCCCCCACCCCCCAGGGUCCUAUGUGUUUGCAGAGUGUGCUGGCUCCUAUGACACCAAGUGUCGUCCGUGUGGUAGUGAUGAGUACCAGCCUGACUGGACCAACGAGACCAAGUGUCUGCCUCAGAAGUUCUGUGACACAGGUCAGUAGGUGACUGGGCCUUGGCCUGGGGGGACUCAGGAGUCUAGCUGGGUGACUGGGCCUUGGCCUGGGGAGACUCAGUAGGGUGGAGUCAGUAGUCUAUUGUUGAAGCUUUGUUUUCUAGUCAGUUUUAACUGGUGUUUGCCUGACAUUUUAGCAAAGCCUUUUGGAGAUGCUGAUGUCUGUGGUGUCUGCUUUGGUUAACCCCUAACCCCUGACCUGUGUGUGGCCCCCAGGUAAGGGUUUUAACCGUGUGAGGCCCAGUAACCCCCAGGCUGCGGUACCCUGUCAGUGUAAACCUGGUCUACAGUGUUCUCCUAUCAACUGUGAGUUCUGUGAGAAGAUUCCUACCUGUGGACCAGGAUAUGGACUGGAGUCAGACGCUGGUGAGAGAGAGAGACACACACACACACACACACACACACACACACGUAGGAAUGCAUGUACACACACACACACACACGUAGGAAUGCAUGUACACACACACACACACACACACACACAUAGGAAUGCAUGUACACACACACAAACACACGCACACGUAGGAAUGCAUGUACACACACACACACACACGUAGGAAUGCAUGUACACACACACACACACACGUAGGAAUGCAUGUACACACACACACACACACACACACACACGUAAGAAUGCAUGUACACACACACACAAACACUUCUGUGUCACAACUGUUGUCAGCAGUCCAGUUUUUACUCUUUGUCCUCUGUUGCUUGUGUUUUAAACUCAGAGUCGGGCAGGAGAACUUGUGUUGCAUGCAAGAGAGGACAUUUCUCUCCCAACAGCUCUAUGGAACCAUGCAAGCUGUGGACCAAGUGAGUUAACACACAAACACACACAUACUGUACACCACGUCCCGUCAUACACAGAUUUCUCCCUGGGUGCUCCUAUUUUUAGUCCAGUGUGUCCGGGUGAGACAGGAACAUGGUUCUGCAGGCGCCCAAAGCUCCACCGCACCGGUGUUCUGACUAAUGCUGCACCACUUCCCCUUUAACAGAGAGCUGUUUCUACCACUGCCUGGCUCUGUGGUGAACCAAGAGAAAGAACAGAGAGAGAGGGAGGGAUAGAGAAAGAGAGCAGAGAGAGAGCAGAGAGAGAAAGAGAGAGAGGGUGAGGGAUAGGGAAAGAGGGAGAUGGGGGGAGAGAGAGAGAGAGAGAUCUUAAACGUUCAAGCAGACAACCUAAGAAAAUUAACAACAAUGACAAAUGGUUUGAUUGAUGAAGAAUGCAAAAACCUAAGAAAGAAAUUGAGAAACCUAUCCAACCAAAAACAUAGAGACCCAGAAAACCUGAGCCUAUGCCUUCACUAUGGUGAAUCACUAAAAAAAUACAGAAAUACACUACGGAUGAAGAAGGAACAGCACGUCAGAAAUCAGCUCAAUGUAAUUGAAGAAUCCAUAGAAUCUAACCACUUCUGGGAAAAUUGGAACACACUAAACAAACAACAACACGAAGAGUUAUCUAUAUAUGUAUGGAUAAAUGUAUGGAUAAACCACUUCUUCAAUCUUUUUGGCUCUAUAACAAAGAACAAACAGCAAAAACAUAUACUGUACAUGAUUUUUAAAAAACAAAUCUUAGAAUCAGCUAUUAAAGACUACCAGAACUCACUGGAUUCUCCAAUUACAUUGAAUGAAUUACAGGACAAAAUACAAACUCUCCAACCCAAAAAGGCCUGUGGUGUUGAUGGUAUCCUAAAUGAAAUGAUAAAAUAUACAGACCACAGAUUUCAAUUGGCUAAGCUCUGGCAUCUUCCCCAAUAUUUGGAAACAAGGAUCACCCCAAUCCACAAAAGUGGAGACAAAUUUGACCCCAACAACUACAGUGGGAUAUGCGUCAACAGCAACCUUGGGAAAAUCCUCUGCAUUAUCAUUAACAGCAGACUUGUACAUUUCCUCAGUGAAAACAAUGUACUGAGCAAAUGUCAAUUUGGCUUUUUACCAAAUUACUGUAAGACAGACAACGUAUUAACCCUGAACACCCUAAUUGACAAACAAACAAACCAAAACAAAGGCAAAGUCUUCUCAUUCUUUGUUGAUUUCAAAAAAACUUUUGACUCAAUUUGGCAUGACAGUCUGCUAUAAAAAUUGAUGGAAAGCGGUGUUGGGGAAAAACAUACGAGGUUAUAAAAUCCAUGUACACAAACAACAAGUGUGCAGUUAAGAUGGGUAAAAAACAAACACAUUUCUUUCCACAGUGCCGUGGGGUGAAACAGGGAUGCAGCUUGAGCCCCACCCUCUUCAACAUAUAUAUCAACGAAUUGGCGAGAGCACUAGAACAGUCUGCAGCACUCGACCCUACCCUACUAGAAUCUGAACUCAAAUGUCUACUGUUUGCUGAUGAUCUGGUGCUUCUGUCCCCAACCAAGGAGGGCCUACAGCAGAACCUAACUCUUCUGCAGAGAUUCUGUCAGACCUGGGCCCUGACAGUAAAUCUCAGUAAGACAAAAAUAAUGGUGUUCCAAAAAAGGUCCAGUUGUCAGGACCAUAAAUACAAAUUCUAUCUAGACACCAUUACCCUAGAGCACACAAAAAAACUAUACCUACCUCAGCCUAAACAUCAGCACCACAGGUAACUUCCACAAAGCUGUGAACGAUCUGAGAGACAAGGCAAGAAGGGACAUCUAUGCCAUCAAAAAGAACAUAAAAUCGACAUACCAAUUAGGAUCUGGCUAAAAAUACUUGAGUCAGUUAUAGAACCCAUUGCCCUUUAUGGUUGUGAGGUCUGGGGUCCACUCACCAAUCAAUAAUUCACAAAAUGGGACAAACACCAAAUUGAGACUCUGCAUGCAGAAUUCUGCAAAAACGAAUUAGGCCGAUACCCGCUAAUUAUGAAAAUCCAUAAAAGAGCCGUUAAAUUCUACAACCACCUAAAAGGAAGCGAUUCCCAAACCUUACAUAACAAAGCCAUCACCUACAGAGAGAUUAACCUAGAGAAGAGUCCCUUAAGCAAGCUGGUCCUGGGGCUCUGUUCACAAACAGAGCCCCAGGACAGCAACAUCAACACAAUUAGACCCAACCAAAUCAUGAGAAAACAAAAAGAUAAUUACUUGACACAUUGGAAAGAAUUUACCAAAAAACAGAGCAAACUGGAAUGCUAUUUGGCCCUAAACAGAGAUUAUACAGUGGUAGAAUACCUGACCACUGUGACUGACCCAGAAUUAAGGAAAUCUUUGACUAUGUACAGACUCAAUGAGCAUAGCCUUGCUAGUGAGAAAGGCCUCCGUAUGCAGACCUGGCUCUCAAGAGGAAACAGGCUAUGUGCACUCUGCCCAUAAAAUGAGGUGGAAGUUGAGCUGCACUUCCUAACCUCCUGCCAAAUGUAUGACCAUAUUAGAUACACAUAUUUCCCUCAGAUUACAUAGACCUACAAAUCCAAUUUUGAUAACCUCCCAUAUCUUUUGGGUGAAAUACCACAAUGUGCCAUCACAGCAGCAAUAUUUCAAAUAAAAUCAAAUCAAACUGUUUUUGCAAACUUAACGAUAGUGUUGGAGUCGUGCUUGGCCACGCAGUCAUGGGUGAACAGGGAGUACAGGAGGGGACUAAACACCCACCCCUGAGGGGCCCCCGUGUUGAGGAUCAGUGUGGCAGAUAUGUUGUUGGUUACCCUUACCACCUGGGGGCGGCCCGUCAGGAAGUCCAGGUUCCAGUUGCAGAGGGAUUUGUUUAGUCCCAGGGUCCUUAGCUUAGUGAUGAGCUUUGAGGGCACUAUGGUGUUGAAUGCUGAGCUGUAGUCAAUGAACAGCAUUCUCACAUAGGUGUUCCUUUUGUCCAGGUGGGAAAGGGCAGUGUUGAGUGCAAUAGAGAUUGUCAUCUGUGGAUCUGUUGGGGCGGUAUGCAAAUUGGAGUGGGUCUAGGGUUUCUGGGAUGAUGGUGUUGAUGUGAGCCAUGACCAGCCUUUCAAAGCAUUUCAUGGCUACAGACGUGAGUGCUACGGGUCGGUAGUCAUUUAGGCAGGUUACCUUGGUGUUCUUGGGCACAGGGACUAUGGUGGUCCGCUUGAAACAUGUAGGUAUUAUGGACUCAGCCAGGGACAGGUUGAAAAUGUCAGUGAAUACACUUGCCAGUUGGUCAGCGCAUGCUCGGAGUACACGUCCUGGUAAUCCGUCUGGCCCUGCAGCCUUGUGAAUGUUGAACGUCUUGCUCACAUCGGCUACGGUGAGUGUGAUCACACUGUCGUCCGGAACAGCUGGUGCUCUCAUGCAUGCUUCAGUGUUGCUUGCCUCGAAGUGCGCAUAGAAGUAAUUUAGCUCGUCUGGUAGGCUUGUGUCACCGGGCAGCUCGCGGCUGGGCUUCCCUUUUUAGUCCGUAAUAGUUUGCAAGCCCUGCCACAUCCGACGAGAGUCGGAGCCGGUGUAGUAGGAUUCAAUCUUAGUCCUGUAUCUACUCUUUGCCUGUUUGAUGGUUCAUCUGAAGGCAUAGCGGGAUUUCUUAUAAGCAUCCGGGUUAGAGUCCCGCUCCUUGAAAUCGGCAGCCCUUUAGCUCAGUGCGGAUUUUGCCUGUAAUCCAUGGCUUCUGGUUGGGGUAUGUACGUACGGUCACUGUGGGGACAACGUCAUCGAUGCACUUAUUGAUGAAUCCGGUGACUGAUGUGGUAUACUCCUCAAUGCCAUCGGAUGUGUCCCAGAACAAAUUCCAGUCUAUGCUAGCAAAACAGUCCUGUAGCUUAGCAUCUGCAUCAUCUGACCACUUCUGUAUUAAGCGAGUCACUGUUACUUCCUGCUUUAGUUUUUGCUUGUAAGCAGGAAUCAGGAGGAUAGAAUUAUGGUCAGAUUUGCCAAAUGGAGGGCGAGGGAGAGCUUUGUACGCGUCUCUGUGUGUGGAGUAAAGGUGGUCUAGAGUUUUAUUCCUCUUGUUGCAAAUGUAACAUGCUGGUAGACCUGUUGCCACAAGAAAAGGGAACAAACACCAUUGUGAUAAAUACAUUGUAAAUACAACCCAUAUUUAUGUUUAUUUAUUUCCCCUUUUUUACUUUAACUAUUUGCACAUCAUUAUAACACUGUACAUAGCCAUAAUAUGACAUUUGAAAUGUGUAUAUUCCUUUGAAACUUGUUAAUGUAAUGUUUACUGUUAAUUUUUGAUUGAUUAUUUCACUUUUGUUUAUUAUCUAUUUCACUUGCUUUGGCAAUGUAAACAUAUGUUUCCAAUGCCAAUAAAGCCCUUUGAAUUGAAUUGAAUUGAAUUGAAUUGAAUUGAAUUGAGAGAGAGAGAGGAGAGAGAGAGUAGAGAGAGAGAGAGAGAGAGAUCGAGAGAGAUAAGAGAGAGAGGAAGAGCAGAGAAGAGAUAAAGGAGGAGGGAGAGAGCGAGGAGAGCUAAUCGUAUAGAGAAGGAAGACGAAUCUAGCGAAGAGAGAGAGAUAGAGAGAGUUCUCUCAUUCUCAGAUAUCUAUCCUCUUAUCUCUCGCUAUGCUUUCUCUCUCUCGCUCUCCACUCUCCUCUCCUCUCUACGAGCUUUGUUCUAUUGUUAUUUUAGGCCGGCUCGAAAGGGGGAAAAGAUCCCCGGGCGGGGGGGUGCCGUUUGCUUACCCCCCGCCCUGGAAAGAAAAAUUUUGUCGCAGCCCCUCCUCCCGGAGGUCGGUCUUAUUAAAAAUUUCUCUCGCGCUCCCUCUCUCUCUCUCUCCUCCUCUCUCGUCGCUCUCCCUCCCCAUCGCUGACGAUCUCCCUCCCCUCUCCCUCUCUCAUAACCCGUCUCUCUCUCUCUCGCUACUCUCUCCUAGCGCUCUCGCUUUUCUCUCGCGCUCUCAUCCGCAUCCCUACUUGCUUCCUCUCCUCUCCUCUACCCUCUCUCGAGCUCUCGCUCUCUCCUCUUCCUCUCCUCUCGUCUACUUUUUUCCCUCGGGUUAUCUUUUUUCCCUCUCCGCUCUAAUUUCCCUCUUCUCACUCUCUGUCUCUCUGGCUUUUGUCUCUCUCUAUUUCUCGCCCCGUUUCCGUCAGCUUUUUUCGCUUGUUCGGCCCGCUCAGCCCCUCUUGCCCCGCGCUGGCGCGCGCUCCUCCUCCGCGCUCUCUCGCCGCGGCGAGGCAGCCGCGCUCUCUCCCUCGCCUGCUUCUCUCCGGCCUCUCGCUCCCUCUGCCACUCGCGCCCCUGCGCUCGCCGUCGCGCUCGCCACCGCCUCCCGCUCCCCCGCCCUCGCUCCCCUCGCGGCCGCUCGCGCCCUCGCUCCCUCUCGCUCCCCGCGCUCCCUCCCGGGCCUGCGCCCCUCUCGCGCGCUCGCCCUCCCCUCUCUCCCCGCUCCCCGCACCUUCCCGUCUCUACCGAGAGAGGGAAUGCCUGGAUUGCUAUAAACAGAAAUAAUGACCAUGUGUCCUCUCCUCUCCUGUGUUUACUCCUCCCAGUUGUAAAGGCCUGGGGAAGAGUGACAAACAGACUGGGAGCGACCAGACUGAUGCUGUCUGUGGACCCCCUCUCUCUGGUGCCUCUACCUCCUGGGUCCUACUGUGUGUUCUGUCAGUCAUCACUGUCCUCUGUCUCCUCAUCCUCCUGCUCUUCUGCUAUAAGGACAAACUUCGACUACUCUCAGGUACCUGAUUCAGAUAUCACAUUUGUCAUAGAGGACAAUGAUGUUGAGAGAAUUCUGCUUUUAUUGAAAUAUGCCUUGGCAUAAAAUGACUAACUAAUGAGUGAAAUUAGUGACUAAUGAGUGAAAUUAGUGACAAAUGUCAUCCUCUUAUGUCUUACAGUGAAUUUACGAUCAUGUGUCCAGAAUCUGAAAAGGACCAGGAUACAGCAGGUAAGGUAGACUCUCUUUAGUGGUCGAGAUGACAUGCAUUAACAGUGACAAAUAGUCUAACCUAUCUGUCUGUCUCUCUCUCCAGGAGACUCUGGCCCCUCUCUACCACAGUGGGGGUGUAGGAGUGGGGCUAGAGGGUCAGAACUGCACCCUCUGUGAGACAACCUGUCUUAUUGGCCUGGCUCACACCCCCUCAGAAACCCCACACACCUGUCCUACAGCUACACCUUGUGACCGGGUCAAACUGCCACCCUCUAAAGAGAUGGAGGAGGAGAGGAAGGAGAAAGACGAUAGAAGGGAGGAGGAGGAUGAGGGGGUGGGAAGUGAGGGGUCGGGGGAGGCAGAGGAGGUUUCUGAAGAUGGUGUGUGUGAGGAGGGUGUAUCAGAGGGUGUGUGUGUGUCUCCACUGUGGGCUGGCUCCUGUGUGUGUGUGUUGUCUGUCAGGGAACCAUUAGAGGUAGGGGAUAAUGAAGACUGUAGCCAGGCUGUCAACCCUGGAACCCUCGGGACUUGCUCCUGUGGAGGAGAGGGGGAGAGCAGGGAUGGAGAGAAGGAUGAAAGGAAAGAUGGAGGGAGGGAGAGAGCCAAGGUGGGUGAGGGACUGCAAGGUAAGAGGUCUGAGAGGAGCAGCAUUACCUCCUCCCCCUUUUCCCUCUCUCCCACCUCCUUCCCCCGCUCCACCACCUCCUCCCCUCUCUCCCCCGCUGACCAUUCAUGUGACCUCUACCCUCCGCUGACCCAAGCCAGGUCAGAGGUUAAAGGUCAGCUAAUUGACAGCUCACCAGGGAAAGGGGAGGGGCUAUACAGACUGAACUGCAGCAUAAGCUCCACACCCAUCACAGAAGCCACGCCACCUUUGACCUCCUCAAUCUCUCCUGACCCAUCUGUGACCUCUGUAACUGUGGGCGACCGGCAGUCCGAGCUGACCUCUGAGGCCUCCAGCAGUGAGCGAGACCGGGGACUUUCUUGGAGGGAAAGUGGGGGAAACAAGCUCUCGUAUGGGGGCUCGGAGCUGGAGUGUGCCCCUGAGAGCCUCCUGAGUCAACUCACAGAACCAGCACUCACCUCAGGUAGAUACAGCACAGAGUUCUAGCAGUGCCACACUCACAAGAAAAAGGCUAAAUACACGUGUCAUUAUACAUUCCAACCAUUGUUAAAGAGGAAAGAUAAAUAAAUCCACUGGUGUUUCUCCUGGGUUAUUGGACCUGGGUUAUUGGACCUGGGUUAUUGUAUACUGUUUUGGCUAGGACUGUGAAAAGACGAUUCUGAAAUCUCAAUGUUGCUCCUCCAAAAUGAGUAUAUUGGUUUCCUCCUAAUGUCCUCCUGUUGGCCUGGCUUAAGGACCACACACAGUAGGAAUGUGUGUGAGGAGCCAGUGAUUACAAGCUGUAACAUUCAAUGUGUGUGUGUGUGUGGUUGUGUGUGUUUAACUCUCUGAGUGUGAGCUGUUUACCCAGAGUUCCACAGGGUUUUGCAAAGUGACCACAGGUGUAAUUGAAACAAGAUGUGCUCUGAAUACACAGCCCUUGAGUAAUACCCAAACUCACAUACUUUCAGACUCUCAUUGAUCACUAUAUACUUGAAUUAUGCCCAAAGGCAGCAGUAAGCAAAUAAACACAGUUUCCCUUAAUGCAGUAAUAACAUGUCAUUAACUGGACUUCCCGCUCAGAGGUUAAACAUGGGAUCACACCUCAGAGAGAAAGGGAGAGACAGGGGCUGCAUCUCAACAGUCUAUUGAGGUUUCCUCUCCUUGCCAAAGAGCUGCAGGAUAGGUGAGAAUAGUACAGAGAGCGAAGCAAGGACAGUUCUCCCACAUGACCACAUGAUCACAUGAUCACAUGAUCACAUCAGUAAGGAAGAAGGAAAGGAGGUGAGGAGAGGAGGUGAGGAAAGGAGGUGAGGAGAGGAGGUGAGGAGAGGAGAGGAAGCCACUUUAGACCAAAAUGUUUCACAAUCAUGUGGUCAGAUAGUUUUUUUCUUCUUCUAUUCUUACCAUGCCAUGUGUAUGGUUUAUGUUAUCUGCCCCUCUUGGGUAACUCCAGACAGUCUACUGUAAACAGAGACACCAGGUAUUCCUGGCCAGACUGGUAAUUCAGUUCCAGUAAGUUAUUUCAAAUGUGAUUCCAGACACCCACACAUAUGUUAUGAUAAAUGUGUGUGUGUAUGUGUGUGUGUGUGUGUGUGCGUGCGUGCACGCAUAUGUGCAUGCGUGUGUGUGUGCCUGCGUAGGUGCGUGUGUGUGUGUGUGCGUGUGUGCGUGUGUGUGUGUAAACAACGUGUGAAGGGUCUGGGGUGACAGUCUCGUUGCACCUCUAAAGAGUUGAAAUGGGAAUAGAGGGUAAGUGAAACAGAGAGAGGGAGGGAUAGAAAGAGGGAGGUGUGUUGAAAUGGACAGCAGACGGACACAGACACGGACGUCUGUACGUUUCCAUCAGUGGUGUGAUCCAUGAACAUGGAAAUAAGGGAAUAAAUGGAAGUUUGUUCCUCUUGAUUUGAAUGCAAACGCCAGAGUUGUUCCAAUGGCUCAGUGUGGUGGCUGGCUGCAAGGUUUGCUGCUGAAGCUGUAAGUUAUAAUGUCAGAUUUAAUAACAGUAUCUAUUUCUGUAGUGAACAGGACAUGUCGUCUGUGAUAAUGUUCUGACAAACUGUACUUCUCUACGUCUAAGUGGUGAUUUGAAUAAAGUUGGACAUUUUCACAUAGAAUGGAAACUGCUUGUCAUACUGAAACCCUGAUGUUGAAGGAUAUGGUUAUGAUGUCCUUGACCAAGACUAUGGUCUACGGUACCGCAGCCAACCACGGUCUUUCUGUAGUCACUGUGCACCGUCAUCAUUACAUUUACAUUACAUUUUAGUCAUUUAGCAGACGCCCUUAUCCAGAGCGACUUACAGUUAGUAUCACUCCCACUGGCUAUUAGUCAUCCCUAACAUGCUGGCUAAACUGACCCCUUAUCGCUCUCUAGGGGAGAAGAGAGAGCAGAAGAGAGAGAGAGAGAGAGAGAGCAGGGAGAGGGGGAGAGAGAGACGAGGGAGAGAAGAAGUAGAGAGCAAGAGAGAGAGCGAGAAGAGAGAGAGAGAGAGAGAGAGAGAGAGAGAGAGAGGAGGGAGAGAAGAGAGAGGGAGCGAGAGCGAGGGAGAGAGAGAGAGUAAUCUCUCUCGAGUUAUAGCUCCAUCUCUCAUCCUUAUCUCGAGUCUAUCCUCUAUCUCUAGCUCUCUCUAUCUCUCUCUCGGUAUCUGUUUCUCUCUCUCUCUCUCUCUCGUUCUCUCUCUUUCUCUCUCUCGUUCUCUCUCUCUCUCUCUCUCUCUUGCUCUCUCUCUCGUUCUCUCUCUCUCUCUCUCAGGUCAGGUGACAGGGAACAACAACACCACCUUCAUCUCUAGCGGUCAGGUGAUGAACUUCAGCGCUGAUGUCAUCGUCGUCUACGUCAGCCAGACGUCGCUAGGCAAUGAGGGGGAGGGGCCAGACGAUGCGUUCGGAAGCCCCGUCCAGGAACAGGCCAAUGAGAGAGCUCCGCUGUUCCAGAGUUCCACCUCCUCCAAAAGUGUCAGCCAUUCGCCAGUGCCAUCCUCAGUAAACUCCAUUACCCAUAACCCCCUACGGCUGGAGGACAACCUGCCGGUUCAGGAAGUGACUGAUGAGUGGCCCAGGGAGAAU